AUGUUAUAUACGAAUCCUGCUGAUUUCGUCUCUCGAAGCUACGAUUAUGUCGUCAUUGGCGGUGGUGUAGUAGGACUAGUGAUAGCUGCCAGACUCUCCGAAGACCCGAACGUUCACAUUGCGGUACUGGAAGCUGGGGGGUAUUCAACUGGAGAUAGUCGAGUAACUAUUCCAGCAUUCUUUUGGAAGACCCAUGGAGACCCCGAGUUUGAUUGGUUACUCAAAACUACUCCCCAAUCAUCUGUGAAUGGCCGAAGGAUAUCUCUGCCUAGAGGGAAAACUCUUGGGGGAACCUCGGUUAUUAAUACAAUGACUUGGUUCAGAGGUGUCCGGGAAGAUUAUGACGCACUCGUUGAACUUGGCAAUCCAGGAUGGGGAUGGGACGACUGGGUUCCUUACUUUUGUAAAUCUGAGACAGCCCACCCUCCUCCUGAUGGGGAAUGGGGGCGCAAUAAUGCUGCGACUAUCGAGCCAGGGCUCAGUGGUACUACAGGUCCGCUGCAGAGGUCUUUUGCUCAAUGGCUAGGGGACACACACAUACCUUUUCUUCAAAGUUUUGAGAAGAUUGGAGUAAAGCCGAAUCCUGAAGCAAACACUGGGCAUAACAUUGGAACGUUUACUGUGACUACAAGCGUAGACCCAAAAACUUCCCAGAGGAGUUGUAGCACAACAGCGUAUUUCGAACCAAAUGCAGGUCGUCGUAACCUGCAUGUCUUAACUGGUGCAGCUGUAAACCGAGUGCUCAUGCGCCCGUCCGGUACACAUGGGAAAUAUUGCGCAACUGGGGUUGAAUUUAUCCACUCGAGGCAAUCAUAUCAAGUUGUCGUUGUGAAAGAGGCUAUUAUCUGUGCUGGUGCAUAUUUAAGCCCAGCAAUACUCGAGCGCUCCGGCAUUGGUUGCUCUAAGAGACUUCGAGGUCUAGGAAUCCCAAACUUCGUUGAUCUUCCAGGAGUUGGCGAAAAUCUUCAGGAUCACCUACUAGUGCCAACCAGUUUCGAGCUCAAAGACAAGAAUACAAUUACUGGCGAUCUGCUUCGCGACCCCGAAUUCAUUACACAAGAACUUGAACGAUACCGAUGUGAAGGGGGUGGAAUGUUAGCUUCAAUUCAUUCGGCAUUUUCGAUGAUACCUCUCGAAAAUUUCGCUGAGGACCGUUUAGUAAACAAACUAGACAGCAUGCUGAAGCGCCUUGAAGAUGAUGCCAAAAAUUCUGGUCAACAAAAGCUACUUAAAAUACAACGCAAGUGGCUGAAGGAUUCUAAGCGCGGCCAGCUAGAGAUAAUGCAUGUACCGGAGUUUUGUACUUUCGAGGCUAGUCGGCCUGCGGAAAGUGGUCGAUAUGUAUCUUUCCUUAACGUUUUAAUGCAACCCACAUCCCGAGGCAACGUUCACAUAUCUUCAUCGGACCCUCUGCGAGCUCCUGUUAUUGACCCCCGUUAUUACCAUGAUCGGUUUGACCUUGAUAUGAUGGUGGCUGGGCUCAAGUAUACUCAGAAGCUUGUAGAGACCGAGCCUUUGGCGUCAUUGAUACAGAAACCCAUUGACCCCCGACCUGACCAGAUGGGCGAUGAAGACCUAAAAGAAUAUGCCAAGAAUUUGCUUGAAAGUGCACAUCACCCUAUUGGAUCUAACUCUAUGCUUCCACGAGAAGAUGGCGGGGUAGUUGAUUCCAAGCUCAAGGUGUAUGGGGUAGAUAACCUGAGGUUAGUUCGCCAUUCUCACUUUGCAAACCAAGUUGACGGAAAAGAGCUACAGAGUGGCAGAUGGAAGUAUAUUCCCGCUUAG